AUGCCUCUAAAACCAGCAGUUUCGGCGUUGGCUAGGCAAACUAUGAGAACGGCAUUUGAAGAGCUUGAACGUACCAUUACUCCUGCCGACUCUCGUGAUUUUCCUAACUCAACGCUUCAUCAUGUCAGGAAAGCAGCCCUUGUUAUCGAAAACCAGCUUGCUGCGAGACAGUCUCUCCGGAAUAUGCGAAGACUUGGGCCUCUCUUCCAAGGUCUCGAGCACUACGCCAAGGUUGUAGAUGUUCUAUGCAAUGGCACUCCAUAUCUAUCUUGGAUAUGGGCUCCAAUCACCUUGAUUCUACGAGUCGCCUCAGAAUAUGUCGAAGCCUUUGAACAAAUCAUCAAAGGGUAUUCGAGGAUUUCCGAGUCACUAAAAAGGUUUGAAGUUAUCAGCAACGCUUUUAGCAACAAGAGAGAUUUCCAGCAAACUCUGGCUGUCUACUACGCCGACAUACUCGAGUUCCACAAACAUGCUUAUAUAUUCGUUCGCCGGAGCAGCUGGAAGCUGUUAUUCAUCACAUCAUGGGGUCGUUUUCAGAGACGUUUUAACAAUAUCCUUGAAGAUAUGGAACGCCAUGGGACACUUAUAGAUAAGGAAGCGCAGGCCCAUCAUAUCUCGGAUUUUCAGCAACUACAGCAAGACAUUUACGCGUGGAAAGAAGAAAGUCAAGAGAAAACAAGCCGCUUUGAAGCAGAGCAAGCUGCUAGGCAAUAUCAGUCUAUUGUAUCUUGGCUGAAAGCAGACGAAUCGGAUCAGUUGACUACCUUCGAUUCUAUAUCGGCCGAAGGAUCCAAAUACCCGGGGACAUGUAGUUGGGCAUUGAAGGAUAAGAAAAUCGCCUCGUUUCUUCAGCACAGGCCGGAAACACGCGUGCUCUGGUUGCAAGGCGGUCCUGGAUCUGGAAAAAGCGUCUUAUCGGCACAACUUGUCAACUUUAUGAGGAGCGCGAAUAUGCUUGUUAUUUCUCAUUUUUGCACACAUCUAUACCCUUCUUCGACUACAUAUGAGCAGAUCCUCAGAUCUAUGCUUCUUCAGCUCCUCCGAAAAGAUUAUGACCUGGUUGCUCACGUUUAUGGAGAUUUUGUCUUCGAGAAGAAAGUCCCUUCAAUACCCACCCUCGAAAGACUUUGCAUACUCUCUUUGCAAGCAUAUCUCAAGAGCCUCGCCAAGAUAAGUACAUCUGGAUUGUCAUUGAUGGCCUGAACGAGUGCGAUGAACAAAAACAGGCUAGAGUGGCUACCUUGAUAAACCAAAUCACUUCAAGGACUCUAUCUUCCGCUCGAGUAAUUAGCAAAGUUCUCAUUUCUAGCCGAGUCUCACCUAUUCUAUCCUCCCGUCUUCGAAAAAAGCAAGUGCUUUCCCUCACCGAAGAGAAAGAGAGUAUGCGAUUGGCUGUAAGGGGCUAUAUAUCGCAGAGAUUACCAUCCCUUCAAGAAAAGUUCAAUCAAC